AUGUUAAUAAAUGAUGAAGAAUCUUCAAAAGAACCAUUACUAAAUAAAAAUGGUGUUGAUGAUGAAAUAAAAGUAAAAAGUUCUUUAAGACACCAUAAAUAUUUUAAACAAUUAUUAUUAAUUUAUUUAUUUUAUACAUUGGCUGUAAUGUCUGAUUAUGUUUUUUCAAUUGAAAUACCAAAUAUAUUUUUAAACUAUGUAAAUUAUAAUUUCCCAAAUUUAUCAAUAUUUGAAACUCAAUCAAAAGCUAGUUAUUAUAAAUCAUAUUCAGAUUCUCUCCCAUAUGCUACUUAUUUCUUAUUUGGACCUUUACUUGGAAAUUUAUCAGAUAAAUAUGGUAGAAAACCAAUUAUGUAUAUAGGUAUUGGAUCGUCAAUAUUAGAUGUGGUAGCAUGUAUUAUAACAGUAAAAACAAAUUGUUUAUAUUUUUUUUAUGUUUCUCAUACCUUUGCUGGAAUUAGUAAUGCAGCGGCUGCUGCAAUAUUUUCAUUCCUUAAAGAUUUAUCGGAAGAAGAUCAAUUACCAUUAUUAUACUCAUUAUUAGGUGCAUCUAUUGGAAUUGGUGUUAUAACAGGUCCUUUAAUUUUCAUUGGAUUAUCAUCAUUAUCAUUAUCAUCAUCGUCAUCAUCAUAUAUUAUUUUGUUAGUAGCAGGUGGAUUAAUGAUUUUAUGUAUUUCAAUUAUACCAUUUCUAAAAGAAAGUACUGAAAAUGCAAAACUUGAAAAAAAAAUUAAUACAAAUAAUUCUAAUAAUCAAACAUUAAAUCCAUUUAAAUUGAUUAAAAAUUUAUUUUCAAAUUCACCUUUUAUAUCAUUUGUAAUUUUAAUUUAUGUUUUAAUGAGUUUUUCAUCAGAGGAUGUAAAUACAAGUUAUUAUUUUUAUUCAGAAUUGAUGUAUAAUUGGGGUUCAAAAGAAAAUGGUCUUUAUUUAGGUAGUCAAGGUGUUUUCAUUAUAAUUUGGGGUGUUUUAAUUAUUCCAAUUUUAUUAAAAUAUUUUUCACCUAGAAAAACUGUAUCAAUUGGUAUUAAUGUUGGAAUAAUUGCACAUAUAUCUUUGGUAUUUUCAGGAUAUAGUAAAUAUCUAUGGAUUUUAGGUAGUGCUUUAAAUGCAAAUGGUACAAAUAAUUUAUCAUUAAUUCAAUCAAUUGUUUCAAAUUCUAUACCAUAUAAUUUACAAGGUACUAUUAUAACAGGUACUCAGGCAAUUGGAUCAAUGGCAACUUUUUUGGCUUCUUUAAUUUUCGAAAAUAUUUAUUCAUAUUUCACAGCAAAUUCAGGUAAUAGAAUUUAUUAUCCUCAAGCAACAUAUGCAUUAAAUGGAUUAAUUUUUAUUAUAACUUUUUUAAUAUCAUUAAUUGUUUGGAAAAAUUAUAAAGAAAAAAAAACACAAACCUAA